AUGGCAUUUCAAGGAUAUUCUGUAAAACGCAGUGUUGUAGAUCAAUUAGUAGAAUUUAAAGGUUCAAUUUUCCUUGGGACAAAAGUCCAUGCACCAUUAAGUAAAUAUGAGCAUGUCUAUGUCUUGCCUAUGGAGAAUGUAUUGGCUACAAAAGGAACAGGGGUUGUAACAUCGGUACCUCCAGACUCGCCGGAUGAUUAUAUCACACUUCAGGAUUUAAAGAAAAAGGCAGCAUAUUAUAAUAUUGAUCCUUUAUGGGUGGCAGAUUUUGAACCAAUACCAAUUAUUAAUACUCCAACAUAUGGUGAGUUGGCCGCACCUAAAGUUUGCAAAUUGAAAAAAAUCAAUUCACAAAAGGAUCGGGCAGCUUUAACAGAUGCUAAAGAAUUGGUCUACAAAGAAGGCUUUUAUGAUGGAACUAUGCUCAUAGGUGAAUAUGCUGGGAAGACUGUUCGAGAGGCAAAAGCUUUAAUCAAAGGUCUUAUUAUGUCAAGGUCUGGUGAUGAAUGUGUAGUAGUACUUUGUGAUCAACAGUAUUUAGAUUAUGGCGAGACAGAAUGGGAGAAAGCAAGCUGA